AGUCGGGCGCUGGCAGCGGAGGGCGGCGCUGACCCAGCCCGCUGAGCGGAGCUGACUGAGUCCGCUUAGCCCGCUGAGCGGUGCUGACUGAGCUGAACCAGCCGCUGAGCGGAGCUAACUGAGUUGCUGAGUCCGCUGACUGCUGAGCCCGCUGAGCGGCGCUGACUGAGGGGCUGACUGAGUCCGCUGAGCAGCGCUGACUGAGGAGCGGACCCAGCCGCUGAGCGGCGCUGACUGAGUUGCUGAGUCCGCCGAGCGGCGCUGACUGGGGAAACGAGCCCGCUGAGCAGCGCUGGUUGAGGAGCUGACGGAGCCGCUGAGCGGCCCCGACUGGCCAUGGCGGGGGGCCGGCCGCUGAGCUGCGGCGCGCUGCUGACGCUGACGCUGCUGACAGCGGCGCUGACGGUGGCCGUGCUGACACCGCCGGCCGGAGCCGUCCGGCGCCGACAGAUGGUCAUGAUGACCCGCAUCAACGGCAGGAGUAAAGGUCCGCGGUUUUACGGUAACGACGUGGGCGAGCACCUGCUCGACGUCAGCUUCCCCAAGGUGCGGCGCAAGAUCACCCACUACCACAACCGGUUCCGCAGCCGCGUGAAGCCGCGGGCGGCCAACAUGCUGCGCAUGCACUGGCACGCCGGCGCCGCUAGGGACGCGCAGCGCUGGGCCAACAAAUGUCAAAUGCUGAUCCACUCCAACGAGACGCAGCGCUCGCAGCGCAACCUGGGUGUCUGCGGAGAGAACAUCUUCGUCUCCACGCACAAGGUGCCCUGGUACUUCGCCAUGAAGAGCUGGUUCCUGGAGAGGGACGUGUUCCGGUACGGCGCCGCCAACAACAGCCUGUUCGAGGUGGGCCACUACACGCAGAUGGUGUGGUACGCCUCGCACAAGGUCGGCUGCGGCUGGGCGCACUGCAAGCACGCCCAGCCAGUGCCCUACUACAACUACGUCUGCCACUACUGUCCCAUCGGCAACUACGGCCACCGUCUGGGCCGUCCGUACGACGCCGGCCGGCCGUGCGGCCGGUGCCGCCGCUCCUGCAACAACAAGAAGCGGCUGUGCACCAACGCGUGUCCCUGGUCGGACCGGUGGAGCAACUGCGCCGACCUGGAGCGCCGGCACCGGCACUGGACGUGCGGCUCCGGCGGCGAGCCGGCGCGCUCCUGCCGCGCCACCUGCCGCUGUUCGGGACGCAUCCACUAGCGGGGGGGGAGAGAGAGAGAGAGAGAGAGAGAGAGAGAGAGAGAGAGAGAGAGAGAGAGAGAGAGAGAGAGAGAGAGAGAGAGAGAGAGGGGAGAGCCGGCGGGCCGGGCCGCAGCGGGCCGAGUGUAGCCGUCAGGAUCACAGGCCGGGGUACGGGAGACGGGUCCGCCCAGCCCGGUCCCACGGUGGCUGGGGCCUGCCGCCUGCAGCGUGCAGGGCUGCUCUCAGCACAUCCGGCCGCACCGGGCGGCUCCAUGUCUCGAUUUCCAGCUCCGCGUCCCACCCGACACAGCCCAGUCCCAGUCUCAGUCUCAGCCUCAGUCUCAGUCCCAGUCCCAGUCUCAGCCCCUGUCCCAGUCUCAGCUGCAGUGAGCAGACAGUGCUCCGCAGAGCAGACGUCUACGGCCUGCAGUGGGCGGCCCCGUCCCUCGGUCGCCCGUCCCCCGGACCCCCCCCCCCCCCACCCGACUACAGUGACCGGCUCAUUAAAAUGCACGCGGUGCACCGGUCCGGCCGCCGCCCAUGGACAGUGACGGGGACAGUUGAGUGGGUGGGCGUGCCGUGGACGACACUGAGCGCGGCGCGGACCCGGAAGAGGCGGCGCCGGCCGGGAGGGGCGCGGCUGACACUUCCGUCUUGACCUUCAAUCUGCGAUAGGGGCGUUUACUUCGCAUUUAUUUAUGUAUGUUACAUCUAAAUUAGCUGUUCAUUCAUUAGCUCAUUACCAAGAAACCAAUACAAGUGUUUAACAAUGAUCGUGCAAUGUGCUGUGUGCACAGGAUAUCAUUCGAACAUCCACCGGCCCUCAGCUCACAUCAAUACGACUGGCGUAUGAAAUUAAUCCGGCCACGGUAAUAUCUGCACCGCCUUUCUUUUACACCAAUAACGAUCCUCCUUCUGGUUAUUUAUAGCGAAACUCGUUCAAUUUUACCCAAUUGUUGUCAGCCUGGCAACAGACAAAUGCACCGAGUUCCACACACGGGGCCCCCCGGCUCCGUGCACAAGGGUCGUCCGGCCCUCAGCCGAGCUGUGCACGGGGCUUUGCAGCUCGCCGGUCGCCGGCCGGCUGUUGCUGGGAGCCGCCCGUCUGGGCCGGCCGGUGGCCUUCUGCCUGACAUGCCCGACACCCGGUCCGGCCGUCUGCGCUGACUGCAGUGCCUUCUGCACUGACUGCGGUGACUUCUGGGCUGGCUGCAGUGCCUUCUGCGCUGACUGUGCCUGGUCCGGUCAGCGCCAGCCAUCCGGGUGCAGCUGAGCAGCAGACUGAGCUGUUAGUAGUGAGCACUGAGCUGGGAGCUGAGCGAGCGAAUGGGAGCUGAGCGAGCGACUGGGAGCUGAGCGAGCGCCGCCGGACAGGGAGGGACACAACCGGCAACCCUGUCACCGUGCAGUGGCCAGAGGCCGGCUCACUGUGGUCAGAGGCCGCAGACUGUGUCAGAGGCCGGCACACUGUGUCAGAGGCCGGCACACUGUGUCAGAGGCCGGCACACAGUGACAGAGGCCGGCACACUGUGUCAGAGGCCGCAGACUGUGUCAGGGGCCAGCACACUGUGUCAGAGACCGGCUCACAGUGUCAGAGGCCGCAGACUGUGUCAGAGGCCGGCACACUGUGUCAGAGGCCGGCACACGGUGUCAGAGGCCGGCACACGGUGUCAGAGGCCGGCACACUGUGUCAGAGGCCGGCACACAGUGUCAGAGGUCGCACACUGUGUCAGAGGCCGGCACACAGUGUCAGAGCCGGCUCACAGUGUCAGAGCCGGCUCACUGUGUCAGAGGCCGGCACACUGUGUCAGAGGCCGGCACACUGUGGCCAGAGGCCGGCACACUGUGGCCAGGAGCCGGCACACUGUGUCAGAGGCCGGCACACUGUGGCCAGGAGCCGGCCAGUUCAAAGCCGACCGGCGAGGCGCCGUGUUUUGACAGCCAGUGGCUCCGCUCGACACGCGACGCCACUGGGCCGUGGGCGUGCUCGAUCCACACGAACCGGUCCUUCCGUGAGCCCGCGGCGGCCAGCCUUCCCCAGACCUGGCUUACGGAGCUGCCCUUCCCCAGACCUGGCUUACGGAGCUGCCCUUCCCCAGACCUGGCCUGGGGCUGCCCUCCCGCGCCCGUUCGGCUGACACAGACAUGUGGCCGGCUGAUGAGAACAAAAGGAGCGUCGCACCGUUCACGGAAAAUGCAUCACUUGUUGAUUGCUAUUUUACCACAGAAAUUCACAGCAGUAACCGAACAAACGGCGCACAAACAAACAGCAGCUGUCGGAGCAGUCAAACUUGAGCGGAGGGUGUUGGGUGGUCCGCCCCUACAGACAGCUCGGGACUGCCGAACGUGUGGGUGGCAGGCACAACACCGGGUCCAGAACCCGACAGGAGCCGGCGCUGGUCCAGUGCAGUCUGCAGGCACUGAGGCUGGCCCCGCUGAGCCUGCAGACACGGGUCUGCUCUGACGAGCGGUGGAUAUGCUUUGGCUCGGGUGCCGCUGGGGCUUGCGAUCCUGACGGCCGCUGGGUCCCGGGCCUCGAACACGUGCUCCGCUCGCUUCUCCGACCUCCGUUGAAGCACCUGAUGCAUAAGCUGCCGAGCGUAUGCACGUACUGACAAGUGUAGACGGACGAAUGUGUCUGGGAUGCUGUGACCGACUCCUUGGUACGGCGCUGGUGUGCGUGUGACAGAACUGUGAACCGGAGGCAGGCGUGAAUCAGUUCUGAAUCCGACGACCCGCCGGCUGUGACCGGCGAGUCUCCAGCGAGGCGUCUGUUCUGUGACUGAGGCGUCUGUUCUGUGAAUGAUGCGCCGGCGUCUAUUCUGUGACUGAGGCGCCGGUGACUGUUCUGUGAUUGAUGCACUGGUGCCUGUCUGUGACUAAGGUGCUGGUGUCUGUUCUGUGAUUGAUGCGCCGGCGGCUGUUCUGUGACUGAGGCGCUGGUGUCUGUCAGUGACUGAGGCGCUGGUGCGUUUCUGUGACUGGGGCACCGGCGUCUGUUUUGUGGGUGAGGAGCCGGCGUCUAUUCAAUGACUGAGGCGCCGGUGACUGUUCUGUGACUGGGGCGCUGCCGCUGGUGCCUGUCAGUGACCGAGGCGCCGGGGUCUGUUCUGUGAUCGAGCCAACUGCACCGGUAGCUGCAAAUGAGCCGGCGCUGGUGGUACCAGGUGACGUGCCGGUUAUGUGUGUGACGCCGCUGGCGGUGGGGCCGUGCCGAGACAUCUCCUGCUGGCAGGUCGGCGCGCGCGGUCACCUGUGCUGGGACACUACCCAAUAGUCCUGCUACUCCCAGAUUGUAGGGAUAUGUCCGUGUGUCACACACAAAGUGUGAUAAAUGGGAAACUCACUGUUUCGACCAGCCGCCGUCGCUGCUUAAUUUGGCGAGUGCAUCCCAAUGCGACGAUGUUCUCAGACCGUGUCUAAUUUAAAAGAUCCGGAAAUACACGCCUGGAACCGUG